AUGGCUAGUCUUUCAGCUACUUGUCUCAGAUUUGGCUGUUCUGUCAACACAUCUCAGAUAAACGGAGGCACUGUGAAGUUGGUUUCAGUGGGUUGGGGAAGGAGUAGUGCUGGUUUCCCUUCUCUAAGAACAUCCCGCCUUCGUGUUGCAGCUGCAAAGGCAGAGACAAUUGAUAAGGUAAUAAGCAUAGUGAGAAAACAACUAGCUUUACCAGCAGACACUAAGGUCAGCCCUGAAAGUACUUUCACUAAGGACCUCGGAGCCGACUCUCUGGACACUGUAGAAAUUGUGAUGGCCCUAGAAGAAGAGUUUGGGAUUGCAGUAGAAGAAGAGAACUCUGAGAAUAUUGUAACAGUUCAAGAUGCUGCUGACUUGAUUGAAAAACUUGUUGAGAAGAAGUAGAC